UACUUUUUUAUAGUUUAGGAACGUAAUAAAAUACAAUAAUAAUUCUAGGUGUAAUCUAAACUUUUGUGUAUGAUUUGAAAAAUAGAAGAAUUUUGAAACAUUUAAGGUGGAGUGUCAGUUAUUGGAAGCUUGUUAGCCUCCGUAACCUCGAAAGCAUAAGAGAGAGUUAUCCCCAUAAGUAAAUUGUUGGGAAGCUAACUAAAAUCUGUUUUGCACAAAAGUAAAGCAGCCAAAAUCAGCACAUUCACUAUUGAAGACUAAUGAUGGCCGCCGCCACAGCUUGUGCAUUUCUUCCUAUUCCAGGAUUUCACGAGUCAUCAUAUCGAAGCCUAAAUUGGAGAACCCACAAGAAACCGUUGGUGAGAAAAGCUAAAGUUACAGCUAAAUUUGAGUUGAAUCCUCUACCUUAUCCCAUGAAUGCUCUGGAGCCACAUAUGAGCCGUACUACAUUCGAAUACCACUGGAGGAAGCAUCACAGGACCUAUGUCGACAACUUAAACAAGCAAAUUGUCGGAACUCAGCUGGACGAAUUCACCCUAGAGGACAUAAUACUUACAACAUAUAACAAAGGCAAUCUCCUUCCACCAUUCAACAACGCUGCACAGGUUUGGAAUCAUCAAUUCUUCUGGGAGUCUAUGAAGCCUGGUGGAGGAGGAGAGCCAUCUGGUGAACUAUUAAAAUUAAUCAACAGAGACUUCGGCUCCUUUGAAGCAUUUGUUAAAGAAUUUAAGGCAGCUGCUGCAACACAAUUUGGUUCUGGGUGGGCUUGGCUUGCAUACAAAGCAAAUAGACUUGAUGUAGGAAACGCAUCAAAUCCUCAUCCUUCCGAUGAGGACAAAAAGCUUGUAGUUGUGAAAACACCUAAUGCUGUAAACCCCCUCGUUUGGGAUUACGCGCCACUCCUCACUAUAGAUGUUUGGGAGCAUGCUUACUAUCUUGACUUUCGGAAUCGGCGCCCGGACUACAUAACAAUCUUUAUGGAGAAGCUUGUAUCAUGGGAGGUAGUGAGUUCUAGGCUUGAAGCAGCUAAAGCUCAAGCUGCUGAGCGGGAAAAAGAAGAAGAAAGGAAGAAGAGAGAGGAGGAAGAGUAUCAAGCCAGUAAUGAAGUUAGAGAGAUGUAUGUGGAAACUACGGAUUCUGAGGCGGAAUAAUUUGUGUUAGCCCCUCUUCACGUUAUCAGUUUUGCAAAUUGUAUCAAGUCAAAUUUUGUACGCAGAAGAAAGAUGGUUAAGUAGUAAUUCUAUUCUUAAAGUUCUAGAAAUGUAAGGAAUGUAAUAGCAAGAUAAACCUGAGGUUAAGAUGUUAGAAGUGGAACUACGACGUUAGAAGCACAUGUAUAGUUGAAUUCAUCCGAUUUUGAUUCCUUAUAAUUGCUUAGUGAUUGGAGCCUCA